UAGUCUAUCAGUUAGCUUAGCUGCAAUGGUACUCCGUACAGUCGGCCCUAUUCAUCAGCUCCUUUUGACUUUUAAAGAAACAAACCGCGGUCAGAGACAUCUCGUUUAAGGUAGAUAACUGUAUUUAAAUAUAUGAUUUAUCAAAUUGUUUAUCUAAACGAAACCAACUUUAACCCAGGAGUGAGAUACCGGGAUAUUUCGGUUAGCUCUGCUAGCCGUGUUAGCUAGCUUUACGUCUCUUCACCUGACGUCACGUCCUACUUUUGAAAAUCGCGGCCAGGGAGGAUCGAGGCAGACAUGGAGCUACAAGUGGCAAGAACAACAAGAGAAUAUUGGUCUCCAGCCAGGUUUUCCAGUGGGCUCUGAACCGAUGACCCUUGGGUCUCCCACGUCUCCAAAACCGGCCUCUGGAGCUCAGUUUCUACCUGGUUUUCUCAUGGGUGACCUACCUGCCCCAGUUACGCCCCAGCCACGCCCCUUCAGCCUGACCGCGCCCCUCGCUGAGAGCACAGUCGGAGGUGGAGGAGGCUCCGCCCCUCAGCCCGUUGUCCCCACUCCCAAAGACAAGAGUGGAGCCCCACCUGUUCGCAGUAUUCAUGAUGACCUGGUAUCUGUGUCAUCACCACUCAACGCACACAGGCAGUCUUUUCCAGUGAUGCAGUCUCCUCUGUCUGCACGUGGAGCCUCCACCCCAGGCACAGGUGUGCAGCAGGUGUGUCUAUCUCCGGCUCAGGUUGAUCCUUUCUACAGUCAGGGAGAAUCUUUGUCGUCAGACGAUCAACUCGACCAGACCUGGGUCACUGUUUUCGGUUUUCCUCCAGCCUCGGCCUCCUACAUUCUGCUGCAGUUUGCUCAGUAUGGAAACAUCCUCAAACACACGAUGGCGUCUCCUGGUAACUGGAUGCACCUUCAGUAUCAGUCCAGACUUCAGGCCAGGAAGGCUCUGUCUAAAGAUGGGAAAGUGUUUGGAGACGCCAUCAUGGUGGGAGUCAAACCGUGUAUAGACAAGAGUGUGAUGGACAGCUGCACCACUGUGUCUUCACCCCUCUCCACCUCCAGCUCGGCUCUCCCCUCCACACCUCGCUCUGCCAUCAGACCGCUCAGCGCUGCCUACAGGAGCUCCAGCAGCGACUACCAUGUGGUAGCAGACAGACAGACGCCCAGGAAGGAUGACAGUUUUGUCUCGAAGGCAAUGGAGUACAUGUUUGGCUGGUGACAUUUCUUAAAGCAUCAUGGGGAACUGUUGCAUUGGAGGAGAAAGGCGAAUGAUUGGACAGAUGUAUGAACUGAUUCACUACAGUGUGUGGAAGUGAGAGAGAGCGUGUGCUGAGGUGGAGGAUUUUUCUGUCUUCUCUUCUUUUAUAAUCGGUCUUUUUAAUGUUUUUGUCUCAAUAAAGUUUUUUU